AUGGAUACCUCUCUGAAUCGAUCGAAUAGGAUCUAUCAUGACCUUGAGUACCUAUAUAAGGACUCUUCCUUGAAAGCCUUUCAACUUCUAAACCACUAUCAACCUCACAAAACUCGUAUUUACAAGUUUGUACCUUGUCUCAUUAUCUCUAUCAAACUCUUUGAUAACACUCGAGCAGAUUUAAAACUCGUACAGAUACCUUUCAACCUUCCUAUACAAUCUUACUUGAGUAUAGCACCUCUGCUUGAUCUUUCCCUAAGCUCAGUCAACAUCAGACGAUUCGAAUUGAAUCAUCUACCUCUCCUACAGCUUUUUACCAGCUCUAACCAAGAAAAGAAACACCCGGCUCAAAUGGCUCCAUCCACUCCUGCUUCUCGACGAGGAUCAGCCCUCAAGAACUCUGGGUCUUCCAGGAAGAACAGCCCUCACGUCACCCCCUCUGGUCACUUACCACGUAAGGUAGCCCGGCUCUCGGCCUCUACCAGCUCCAACACGAUGGCUGUCGAUGAACCAACCACCUCUAGUCAGCCUACCCUCAUGGACGACGAGCCUAUGGGUCCACCUAAUACCCAAAUCACGGCCUCUUCUGCUGAAGAUCCCUCCCAAGCAACCACUGUGCCUGCUGAUCCUCCUGUCGAUCCUCCUACCAGCUCAGUCUCUGUUGCUAAUCCCUCUAAGCGUCCUUUACCUAGCUCUGACCUCUCUGAGACUGGUUCUGACUCAGACUCAACUGCCUCAUCCGACGAUGGGAUCUCCGAGGAUGAGAUUGAACAACCUGCACCUCCUACCAGCGCGCCUGUUGUACCUCGAGUCAUCGACGACAAAGUCGAGAUCACUGGUGGAACCUUGCCUACCAUUCAAGGUAUUCCUAUUGUGGAAAAACCCUACCCCUCACCUGGACACCUCAUCCUACGCACGCCUAAUCCUGCUGAGGACACGGCUAAGUAUGCGCUAGCUCCCACCUCUAAUCUUCCGUAUGAAGUCCGCUUAUGGUGGAACCAUUACCACCCCGACUUUGUCACCUCUGCCGACAAUCAACUCUGGGCCAUGGUGGUUCUUCUUGGAGACUUCAAACGUCAACUUGCUCCAUUUGAGGUGAUCUCUGAACUCCUCUCUCCCUAUGUCAAUCACGUCUCCCAAGUUGUUGGCCCUGGCAACAACCGCUUCUUUGUGGUGCGAUUUCGAUCCAGCACAACCAGAACUCGCUUAACUCGUAAGCAAGAUCAGUUUGAGCGAGGUGUCUUUGUUCAACAAUCCGGAAGCGUCAAGUCUGCUGUCCUCCUCUACGGUUUGGAUCAUGUCUCGACCUCAACCCCUCGUAUGUCUAGCCUUCUCCUCCAAGUGACUGGCCUACCCUUCCACCUUCACCAUCGUGUUAUCAUGAAGGAAGUCUACGGUUCUUUAUGGAGCCAACCUGCCAAUGAUCACCUCUCCAUCAUUGAAAUCCGCGAGCUCUCCUCACGCCCUCUCUUCACCUAUCAAGGAGGUAGAGUCUUUGAAGUAGUCUUCAAACCUGAAGCGAUCCCACGUUGGUUUCGACACUUGUCUCUCAAGGAUAAGUACUUACCUAUGGCUGGUUGGGACGCUCGAGGACGCCAAACUCCUCGAACCUUCAACUCUCACUGGAAGUAUCUUCCCUCCUGUCCUAACUGUAUGGCCUCUGCUCCUGAUGCAGGUCAUCGUCCCUUCUGUGGUUACAUCACUAUCCGUGACGCCUUGUGGUUGAGACACACUCUCAAUCGUUCCUCUUCCGCUCCUUCUACCUCUGGAGUGACUCCUACUCCUCAAGUUACUAUCACAACUGUCUCUGAGAACCUUGUACCCACCACCAUCGAACGAUUGGGUUCCUUCACUCGUCAAACUUGA